AUGGUCCAGAUGGCGAGUGAGAGUGCCGGUGAUGUUUCGAUCGCAGAAGACGAUUUGAUUAUGCGUAAAUUUGGGAUGCCAUUAGAAGAGCUGUACAAAUUAGCGAUAAGUUACUAUCGAGAGAAAAGCAAAAGUGGCGAACUUACGGUCCCGUAUGAAAAACGGUUACUGUUCAUGGCAUAUUCGAAACAAAUUCGCCAUGGUCCCUAUAAUGCGGCAACAGAUGAUUAUGGCUGGUUUGAUUUCAUUGGCAGCGAUCGAACGUAA